AUGGAUGCUCUCGACAGACGUGAGCAAGAUGCACAGAAUGAUUGCGAACAGAAGCACGAAGAUCUGACCGCCAAGUACGAAGCACAAGAUGAGCAGCUGAUCGCCAGUCAGUCUAGAAAUACAGAAGGGCUGGAAACCAUUUUGACGAACAUGAGCAAACUCGCAGAACCUCGCACACAACUCGAACAUACCAAGAAGCAGGUUGGGAACUUGCAGGGUCCGCUGAGGGAAGCGCGAGAAUCAGCUCAGCACGCCACUUCGCAGCAUCACCAAUCAACCGAGACUUCUCAAGCCUCGCACCGUGACGCUGUUUUCGCCCUCAAUGUGGAGCACGCAAACGAAGUCCGCGUCUUGAAUCAGCAAAUCGAGAGCUUGAAUUCUAAGGUCGCCGAAAUGGCAAAGAAAGAGUCUGAUGUCACGCGACAAAUACUGGACCUCAACAACGACCUACAAGAACGAGACAAGACCGUCUCGAGUCACGUCGAAUAUAUUGGAAAGCUCAAGGAAGAACUGAAAAAGAGCAACACAAGAGUUGAGGGAUUGAAAAAGGACGUUGAGCGCAGGCAGAAGGAUCUGCACAAACACGACGAGCAACAGCAAAACGAGCGUAAGUCAUUGGAGUCAACCAUAACGGAGCUUCAAGGAGAGCUUGGAGCCGCUCUGCAUCAUCUCGAGAACAUCAUCGCUGGUCCUGCAAUCCACUGCGAUCAACAAAAAUUACGUGACGCCGCUACCACGCUGCCCAGCACAACCCUGGUAGAUGAGUGUACAAAAGACUACCAUUUGGACCCUCAGGACGUUUCUACAGACUGGUCGCUGUCCAUGGUCUCUGAGCACGAACUGCUGCCAUACAGACAUCGGCCUUUCUCUCAACUUACAACACGUCUCUAUCUUUCAGCUGGCGUGUCACACGACCAUCGAGCAAUUCAAGCCAUGCUAGAGGUUAUGCUGCAGAAGCCGGAUCGGUUUAAUCCUCAGGAUCUCCCUUUGAUGAUCUCCUUGGUGCACAAACUUCUGGAAGGAAUCGUUGGGGAGGACAGCGCCAUGUUCGCAGUUCGCGUCAUGGAGCUCAUCAUCAGAGUUGCCAAGGCCCACAACUAUGCCUGGCACAACUUCCCCUCACUGUGGCAGGAGUGGAAGCCCAAGGUCUCCCCAGAUACCAACUGGGCCAAGUACAUGCUCCUUAGUGCUCACGUCUCCUGGCUGGUACUUUGGGCAGAUGCUGUCCACGAUACCAACAACACCACUGCUAGUGUUGUUCCGCUGUCGCGCAUCUGGAUGGCCGACAGCGGGGUCCAAGCCAUUGACGAUCAUACUCUGAAUCAUGCUAUGCCAGAGUUGAAAAGUGUUGUCGAAAAGCUUUCCGUGGGAUCUUCCAGAUCGCCUCGCACGCUCUUUGCCAACCGUGUUAACUCAUCCGCCACAUUCUAUGCUAUUGUUGAUGUUCAGGCUCGAUGGAUAGUCGUAUAUCCUCAAUCUGAAGGUGAGGUGGAUGGGCAUGGGCUGAACACCCUGCCUCAGCGCUGCAGGAUCAAUGGCGAGCUCAGUGAUGUGCCCGACUUCGUUCUUCCCGACCAUGACAUGAUGUUCGUGGCACGGAAUAUGAGGGUCCUUUCCGGGCGUUCACUCCGUCUGUGGCGUGAAAGAAAGGCCGCCGAAGAAAAGCGCUCACAGGGUAUGCAGUAA